AUGCCGGCCACCACAGCGGAAACGCUGAGCAUCGUGAAUCGCACAGUUUCAGUGGCGCCUCUUGUACUUUUAUCCGCUGCUGAUCACUAUGGUCGUUCUCCAGCCAAAGGCACUCGAAGACGAGUAGUAGGGGUACUGCUGGGACAGAACGAUGGCAAGAGCGUACGGGUAUCAAAUAGCUUCGCAGUACCUUUCGAGGAGGAUGAAAAAGAUCCAUCAGUAUGGUUUCUGGAUCACAACUACGUCGAAUCAAUGAACGACAUGUUCAAAAAAGUCAAUGCGCGGGAGAAGCUCAUCGGCUGGUAUCACUCUGGCCCCAAGCUGCGAGCAAGUGACCUGGAGAUCAAUGAACUAUUCAAACGAUAUACUCCCAACCCGCUAUUAGUCAUCAUCGACGUCGUUCCCAAGGAAGUCGGUGUCCCCACAGAUGCAUACUUUGCUGUUGAAGAGAUCAAAGAUGACGGCACAACGACAUCAAAAACUUUCGUUCAUACUCCGAGUACCAUCGAGGCAGAGGAGGCGGAAGAGAUUGGUGUUGAGCACUUGCUACGGGACAUUCGGGACGUUGCCGUUGGCACACUCAGCACUCGGAUCACAAGUCAGCUGCAAUCUUUGCAGGGGCUGCAUCUGCGGCUACAGGACAUCGGAGGAUACUUGCAGAAGGUACUAGACGGUGAACUCCCGGUAAAUCAUGCAAUUCUCGGCAAUCUCCAGGACGUCUUCAACCUGCUUCCGAACCUUUCGACGCCUAAGCCGACCGGUAAAGACCUUGCAUCGGUGAAUAGCGCAGUCAAUGGUGGGGUCGGCCUGCCCUCCAGCAACACCGAGAACUCAGAGCUUGCAAGAGCAAUGAGCAUCAAAACGAAUGACCAGCUCAUGUCGAUCUACUUGUCCAGCUUAAUACGAGCCAUCACAGCAUUCCACGACCUGAUCGAGAACAAAAUCCAAAACAAGCGACAGCAGGAAGAGGGCGACGCAAAAGAGAGUGAUGAGACUAAGGAAGGCGAUGGUAAAAAAGACGAAAAGGCGAAGGUCAAUGGCGCAGGGGAGAAAUCAGCAGACAAGGACGGACAAGACGAGGGAAAGAAAGAUGACAAGGGCAAAAAGAAAUGA